GCUGGGUGACAAUGAAUUCUCAUAAACUCAUCCUUUCUUGUUUUUUGCUAUUUUCCUACUUCAUUUGUGUUGCUCAUGGGAUUGAUACCAUUAGCACCCACCACAAAAACGUCAUGUGUAUUGAGAAAGAGAGAGAAGCUUUGUUGAAAUUCAAAGAGGGCAUUCAAGUCGAUCGUUGCGGGCUGCUGUCUUCUUGGGGAAUUAAUGAUGACAACAACAGAAAUUGUUGUCAAUGGCGUGGCAUCCGUUGUAGCAACCAAACUGGCCACGUAAUCAAGCUCGACCUUCGUGGUGUCGAGGAAGAGAGUUAUUGUAUAACAGGUAAAGUGAGUUCUUCCCUUGUUGAUUUGAAGCAUUUGAGUUACUUGGAUCUCAGCCUUAACAAUUUCGACCAACCCAUCCCUAGUUUUGUUGGUUCCCUUGUGACUUUGAAAUACCUUAAUCUAUCCAGUGCUAGAUUCAGUGGAGAAAUUCCACACCAGCUCGGAAAUCUAUCCUCCUUGAUUUCUCUUGAUCUUAAGAAUGACCUUUUUGUCAAAAACUUGUCUUGGCUCUCACAUCUAAAAUUGUUAAGAUACAUCGACAUGACUGGUAUCGAUCUUGAAAGAGCCAUAGACUGGCUAAGAAUCGUGAACGACCUCCCAUUCUUAAGAGUUCUUCACUUGGAGUACUGUAACCUUCCCUCUAGAGUUCCAUGGCCACUUUCAUACAAAAACUCCACUACCACUCUUUCAUAUCUUAAUCUUGCUGGAAAUGAUUUGAAUGAUUCAUCAAUAUUCCAAUGGCUUUUUAAUUUGAGUGGAAUCGACACUCACCUUGCACAUGUUGAUGGUCCAAGCGCAUUUGGGAAUAUGCAUGCUCUUUCGCAUCUAGACCUUUCCUUCAAUCAAUUGCAAGGUCCGAUUCCAGACACAAUUUCAAACUUACAAUCACUCCAAUAUCUGGACCUCUCAUUUAAUAAUUUUCAGCUCUCACAAUUUCCUAAAAUAGGCAAUCUGUGUAGCUUACAAAUACUCCACUUGGAAGAAGCCAACAUCAUCGAUGAGCUUCCCAACAUAAUCCAAACACUAACCGGAUGCGCAAACAAGUCCUUACUGGAUUUAUGUCUAAGUGAUAAUCAAAUCUGGGGUCCAAUUCCAGACACGAUUGGCACAUUUUCAUCAUUACAACAAUUAUCUCUUUAUAAUAACCGUUUGAAUGGAACCAUCGGUCGUCGUUUGGGGCAACUAUCAAUGCUCGAGACAUUGGAUCUUUCUUCCAACUCUCUACAUGGUACUCUCUGUAGCAGCCAUUUCUCAAAUCUGUCAAGAUUAUCGGUGUUACACCUUUCAAAUAAUCCAGCACUGGUGCUCGAUAUUGAAGAUGAUUGGGUUCCUCCAUUCCAGCUGGAUUUUAUAUCAUUAAGGUCUUGCAGAUUGGGACCAAUCUUUCCAAACUGGCUUGUGAGCCAAAAUAACUAUUCGUUUCUUGAUAUUUCUGCUGCUGGAAUUUCAGACAGCAUUCCGGAUGUUUUUACAUUGCCUUCAAAGCUCUCUUAUCUUAAUAUGUCUCAUAAUAUGAUUUAUGGAACACUUCCAUAUUUUGACGUACCAACCACACCCCUUUAUUCUACGCUUGCCAUAGAUAUGAGUUUUAACAAUAUUGAAGGUGCAAUACCACCAUUUCCAGUAAACCUUACCUCAUUACAAUUGAAUAACAACAGGUUUUCCGACCCCGUCCUCUUUUUGUGUCCUAGAGGUGAAGUACUUCUAUCCUAUCUUGAUCUCUCAAAUAAUUUGUUGUUCGGGAAACUUCCAGAUUGUUGGAUCAAUUUCGAACAAUUAUCCAUUCUCCAUUUAGAGAAUAAUAACUUUUCUGGUGGUAUACCACCUUCCAUUAGUUAUUUGAAGCAAUUGGAGUCGUUGCACUUGCGCAACAAUAGUUUUUCGGGAGAACUUCCAAGAUCAUUAGAGGAUUGCACAUCCCUAGUUUAUCUUGAUCUUGCUCAUAAUUCAUUUACUGGACGUAUAUUGCCAGGUAUUGGGACUAAUCACAAAAACCUCGGUUUUCUAAGCCUUGGAAGCAAUAAUUUUGUUGGAGAAAUACCUUUGAGCCUUUGUCAAUUGCCCUCUCUUCAAAUCUUGGAUCUCGCUGUCAACCAAAUUUCUGGAACCAUUCCAAAUUGCAUUCGUAAUCUUACAGCAAUGCAAAGUACAUCAGAUAUGAUUCCACCAUUGCAAAAUAAUCAUACUUUUGGAACAAUUGAGAGUACCAUUCACUCUAGGGAUUUAAUUGUUUUUUCUAUACUAAACACUGAUGCUGCAACAAUUAUGUGGAAGCAAUUAGAAAGGUCCUUUGGGGAGUAUUUAGGACUAGUCAAGCUCAUUGAUCUUUCAAACAAUAAGUUGGAAGGAGAAAUUCCCAGAGAAAUUUCAGCUCUGCAAGGUCUCGUCUCCUUAAACUUGUCAAGAAACAGUUUGGUUGGAAGCAUCACACCGGAAAUUGGACAGUUGACAGCUUUAGAAGUUCUUGGUUUGUCAAACAACCACCUCUCUGGUGAAAUCCCUGCAAGCAUCACUGCUUUGAGUUCUCUCAGCAACUUGGAUUUGUCAAACAACCACUUCUCUGGAGAAAUUCCGAAGGGCACUCAACUUCAAGGUUUCGAUGCUUCAGUAUAUGCAGGAAAUCCUCAACUUUGCGGAGCUCCUCUCCCGUACUGCUCUUGGGAUCAACCACACCACAACUCGACGAGGGGUGAUAAUACUACUCCCCAGGAUGACACUGAUGAUGACAAGAUGUUUAUUGUGGGGUUGUACGUAAGUGUGGUGCUCGGAUUUAUCAUAGGAUUUUGGGGAGUUUAUGGAACAUUGGUGGUCAAAAGAUCUUGGAGACAUGCCUUUUUUCAGUUCUUUGAUGACAUGAAAGAUAGGCUCUAUGUCAUGGUUUCAUUGAGCAUUGCUAAAUUUAAAAGGAGGCUCUAAAUCCAGUAAGUUCUUAAUCAAUUUAAAGUGGGUCUGGAUGGAGGAAAGCCCUCCGGAUGUUAGUCAUGUAAUCCUUACUGAAUUCAUCUUAAUAAAAUCUAUCCUUUUUUUCUGUUACCAAAAAAAAAAAAAAAAAAGGCGCAAUUCACCUUAGCUUGUUAAAGAAUGUAAUGUAUCUGUAAUGUAAUAUAAUUGAUGUGAUUCUUACAAUAUUUUGCAAUUAAAAUUAAAUUCUGAGUAAAUUUAUCAGCAAAAUAUUGUAAAUUUUCUCAGACUUGUUCAACUUGAGUGGGAUCAAC